UUAUAUAAAUAUUGGAUAAUUUUUUUGUUAGUAAUAAUCUUUUACUAUUUCGUUAUAGAAUACGCAACAUGAAGAUGCUUUAGAUAAAGCUAUUCAAAAUGAAAAACUGGUUAAUAUGUUUAGUCACUAUAAUGAAACUGAAGUAUCAGAUAAUAAAUUAAUAAGCUUAAUAAAAGACAGACUUAGGUUUUCAGAGGGAGACAAUAGUGAAGUUUUUGAACAAUUGAAACAAUUGUUGACUCAACAAAAGUUUGAAGAAACAGAGCAGAGCAAGCAAUUCUUGGGAUAUAGUUUCAAUAAAGAUAAUCCUUCAGUAAAUAAAAUUACUUCUUGCAGUACUUCAUGUUUAGCUUCCAUUUGUGCAUCAAGUUCCCAUCAAGAAUUGGAUCAUUUAAGUUGCUCACCAAAAUCACAAACGGAAGGAGAAUUGUCGAGUGAUGAUGAUACAAAGCAUUUUCAUGAUUUUCCCCACCCAAGUGCCAGCAGGUCAAUGCUACGUGAUAUUAACGGAUAUGAUGAAAUUGCGAUCUACUUCAGAUGUAAAAACCUAUGAUGAAUUUGUCAACCAAGGUUAUUUUACUAUUCGGCGUUCCUCAAAAUUUUGGUCUGGUGUAUGGUCUGAUGUGGCUAUCGAACAGGUCCUAAUGAGAGGAAUGAAAUGUAUGGGUGGAUUGACACGUGGUCGAGGGGUAUCCGAAAGUACAGUGACAAAAUGGAUAGCUUGCGCUAUACUUUUAUUAGAGAUUUCACAUGAAAUGGAACAAUUUUGCAACUACACAUACGAAAAUACCGAACAUGUAGAUUCCCGUAGCUAUAGAAUGAACAGAGAUGCUACUGACUUAGUGUUACUGAUUGAUUUUUAUAAAUAUAAUAAUCUUUUUCUAGUGUCCGAUAAAUUAUACUCAAUUUGUUCUGGUAUUGUAGGAAACCACAAGAUUAGUUAUUGUCAUAAAGCACACAAAGUUGGAAUCAAUUUAGUUAAUAGGAUUAUUGGAAUUCCUUUUGAAGACGUUAAAUUUAAAAGAAAAGAUCAAGUUUUACUGAUCAGUGCUAUGAACAAUAAAAUAAAAGUAAAUGAUGCGAUUGUAACGAUUCAACCUUUAUCGAUAUAUCAAAGAAUUUGUUUAAAAAGUGCAAAAUUGGACGUGCAACAAUACUUAAUGUAUGAAUUAGCUCCAUAUCCACUUGCUCUUUUUAACAUGGAUGUAAUGAGAAAGACUGAGAAGAGCGUGUUUACUCAAAAUUUUAUUCACUCCAUUGAAUGUCCAUUCCAUUCACCCUUUAUAAAUAUAGUGGAUGGUGGGUAUUUAUUAUAUCAAGUAAUUUGGAAAAUUAAUGAGUCGAUGGAUCAGAUUUUGAAUAAAUAUAUAAAUUAUGCAAAGAACAAUUUCACUAAAAAUAGUAUGAUCAUAUUUGACGGCUACAGUAAUGUAAAUGAUACAAAAUGUGCAGAAAGGCUCCGACGUUAGAAGAAUUGCAUUGGCCGUGAAGUUAAAUGUGACUACAAUACGAAAAUAAGUUUGAAGCCCAAAGAAUUUUUGUCAAAUGAAAAAAAUAAAAGCAGUAUAAUUAAACUAUUUAUCAAUAAAUUGGAUGGACAUGGAUUUUGUACCAAACAAGUUAAAGAAGACGCCGAUGUUUUAAUAAUUCAAAGUGCAGUCAAAGCUGCAAAAAAUGACAAUAAAGUAGGAAAUGACUCCGACUUGUUAGUGAUAUUUUCACAUUUAGCAGCUAAUUUUUCAAAUAUAGUUUUUCAAAAUAUUACAACGGGUCGAAUAUUUUACAAGCAAUAUUUUUAAAUUUACAGAAUUACGGGAAAUAAUACCAUGUCUGUAUGCUUUUAGUGGAUGUGACACCACUUCUUUUUCUAAUAAAGGGAAAAAUUCUAUUAUAAAAUGUUUGCCGUCCGAUACGUUAAUUGAAUUUGCAAAAACGUUUUCUGAUAGUGCUGCUAAUAGUGAAACUAUUAUGAGAAUUGGUUGCGAAAUUACUAAAGCAAUGUAUGUUACAAAAACUGAUUUAGAGUAUGAAAAAAAUAAAAUAAAAAAUCAAUUUCAUUGAAUGAUCUAAGAUUUUUACAUUUCGAAAGAUCAACAAUAAAAUCCAAUUUUAAAUUUGAAACUCUGCCUCCAACAGCAGGUGCUAUAAAACAACAUAGCUUGCGUGUCUAUUUACAAAUUCAAGCGUGACAGGGAAACCAUUUGAAUCCACUUGAAUUUGGCUGGAAAAGUGACUCUAAUGGUUUGGUAGCCAGUUAUUCUGAUGACGACUUAAUUCCAGAGGACGUAUUGCACAAAAUUUCCUGUAAAUGUAAAGCUGGGUGAGCCAAAAAAUGUGGUUGUCGAAAACACGGUCUAGAGUGUACGCGGAUAUGUGUAAAUUGUUAUGGAAAAAAAUCAUGCGAGAAUGUACAAAAUUUAUUAGAAAAAGAUGAACCGGAGGCUGACGUAUCGAAUGAUACUUUAAUGCGAGAAAUCUCGGACAUACCUACAUUUAAACAAAACUCCAAUUACACUUCUAUAAACGAAACAUUAGUAAAUAAUAGACCGGAACAUGAAGCAGUUGUGUCACAUACAAAUAAAAAGAUGAGGCUUUCUUAAAUUAAAUUACUUAUAAUAUAAAUGUAAGAUUAGGCUA